GCAACACCUUUUGUUAUUCACACAAGCAAGAAGAACAUUGGACAGUGUUUGGUUGCUGAGAAAUUUAAAACAAAAAAUGGAAUUCUCUUACCGCAGAUUGCUGCUACAGAACGAGGACGUUCCAAUCUCCACGUCCAUGCCUCCUCUUCCUCACGCCAAACACGUCACAAACGCUUCCUCGCCGCAAGUGUCCUUAGGAAGCCCUCUGGAAGUGUCCAUUCGUCCGGUGUUCACUUCGAGCGUUGCCUACGUCUUCCUCAUCCUCUUCACCACUUUCUUCUUCAUUGGAUUCGUGUUUCUCUACUUCCAACAGCACGCCUCCUCCUCGGACACCGAUUCCGGCGCCAUCCGCCGGCGAGCACAGUCGGAUUCCGUGGCGGAGAAGUCUCUGGCCGUGGUGGCGGAUGCGGCGAGGCAGGGGGAUUGCGCGAUAUGUCUGGAGGAGGUAGGAGAGGGAGAGGCGGUAAAGAUGAUUGCGUACUGCAAGCACGUGUUCCACGCGGAUUGCAUUGAUAGGUGGCUGGAGAAGCAGGUGACGUGCCCCGUGUGCCGGUGCUGCUGCGAGAGGUGUGGAGAGGUGGAGUCGGUGACGGUGAGAGGAGACGAAGAAGAAGAUCGAGAAGUGGUUUCCGUAACAAGCUUGGAUUAGCGUGUUGCGUGUGUUAGAGGGCAUUGGGUUAUUCAUAUUAACUAUGCUUCAACUACUUUCCCUUUCUCUCAUUCUCAUCAUUCCCACUAUUUUCUCCUACUACUGUUCAACAACUUAAUGCCAUUUCUUUUCUUUUCUUU